AUGUCUCCUUCCAGGUUCUCCGUGCUGGCUCUGCUGCUGCUCUCGGCCUACUGCUGGGCAGAGGAGGUACACCUGUCUGUCUCUGAGAUUCUGGAGAAAGCCAACGCCAAUAUCGUGCGUGGUGAAGGUGACCCCAUCCUGAUCGAGGGAGACAUCGCCAUAGAAAACGAGUCAGAGAGGAACGCUGACCCCUGCACCUCCAGAGGCUGUCUGUGGGGCAAAUGGACAGAUGGGAAGGUCUACAUCCCCUACCUCAUUGCCAACCACUUCUCUUCUCGUCAAAAGGCCGUCAUCACCCGUGGUCUGGAGUCCUUCUCCUCCGUCUCCUGCAUCCGCUUCAGACCCAAGAGGAGCUCUGACCGCGACUGGAUCAGCAUUGAGUCCAGUCGACAAGGAUGCUGGUCCAUCAUUGGCCGUCGUGGGGGGAAGCAGUUGCUUUCCCUGUCCAUCCAAGGGGGAUGUGUUUACCAUCAGACUGUCCAGCAUGAGCUUCUCCACGCUCUGGGCUUCAACCAUGAGCAAACCCGCUCCGACAGGGACAACCACAUCAGGGUGCUGCUGGAGAACGUCCAGUCUGGACAAGAGUAUAACUUCAGGAAAAUCGCAACUCUCAACCAGGGCUCUCCCUAUGACUAUGGCUCUGUCAUGCAGUACCACAAGACGGUCUUCUCAAAGAAUGGGAGACCCACUCUGGUGGCCUGGCCUGACGCUAGCGUGACGUUUGGCACAGCCAGGCAGAUGAGCAGCAGUGACAUCAAGAGACUCAACCUUCUGUACAAGUGCUGUAAGUGCUCCCACGGGCUCCACCUGCUCUGCUCUACUAGAACCUCUCCAUGA